CUGAGGAUUAGUACGUUCCAUCACCCACCGGUCAAUGAUGAUCACAGAUGGAUGUUCGGCAUGGUCGCCGGCUCAAAGUACACUCAGCUGAGUUGGACUCAAUGCGAAAUUGCCUUCGAGCCGUCGCUCUUCACGGUCGAUGUUUCCUUGGUCAACGCGACUAUCAAGGUUUCACGCGUCGAACAUGCACAAGUUGGCGACCUGGACCCAGCUCUAAACCUGCGGUCGGCGGCUAUGGAUAACUACUGGUUGUCGUAUGUCACGGCUGCACGUGGAACAUCGAACGUCGGCGAUGCGUUCAUGGAGAGCAUUAAGAGCCUUCGAACGAAUCGCUCAGUAUGGUCCGACAUCCACGCCCCCGACUACAGAAGCCUGGUCCUCGACGCCAUUACCGAAUCAGUCGACGCAGUGAUAGACGACUCGUUGGUAGCGUUAGGCAGCCUCGCCUUGAAAUUUUCAAACGCCACAUAAGUAGUCGACACCACAGCGAAAACAUCUGCUGCCCAGAUUGAUUCCAAACCGGUCAUCCGGGCAGUUGUGGUCUUCAAUGUUCUGGGCCUCGUUGGAGUCACUACAAGUUUAUUCUUGCUUUGGAAACCGUACGUUUUAAUCUUUGGGUAUAGCGAUGUCGGAUCUGUAGUUUUCGGUUUCAUCCAAGGCAUGACCGUUAUAAAUCAAGAUAGCAGGGCAAAGAGCGAUGGCGAACAAUCGUGGAACACUGACCCUAAGGAUCGUCAUAUUGGACGACUGGUGGUAAGCCUGCAGACACACAGGGCAUAAUGAACCCCAGAUGCUCUUUCUCGAUGAUGUAGAUACAAUGUAAUUAUGUGCUGUGGA